UCAUGGACCCCUUCCAGGAGGUGUUCCAGAAGCUGGAGAAGAUCGGGGAGGGCACCUAUGGUGUCGUGUACAAGGCUCGCAACAAGCGCACGGGGCAGCUGGUGGCCCUCAAGAAGAUCCGCUUGGACUCGGACUCGGAGGGUGUCCCCAGCACUGCAAUCCGAGAAAUCUCACUGCUGAAGGAGCUGAAGCACCCCAACAUAGUAAGGCUCCUGGAUGUCAUACACAGCCAGAAGAAGCUCUAUCUGGUGUUUGAGUAUCUAAAUCAGGACCUGAAGAAAUACAUGGACUCAUCCCAAACCAGAGGGCUUCCUUUAAGCUUGGUCAAGAACUACGUUUUCCAGCUGCUGCAGGGUGUGAGCUUCUGCCACUCACAUAGAGUCAUCCACAGGGACUUGAAGCCGCAGAACUUGCUCAUUAAUGAAGCAGGAGUAAUCAAGCUGGCUGAUUUUGGGCUGGCAAGAGCUUUUGGUGUCCCCCUGCGUACGUACACUCAUGAGGUAGUGACUCUGUGGUACCGAGCCCCUGAAAUACUGUUGGGAUGCAAAUAUUACUCAACCCCUGUGGAUAUCUGGAGCGUCGGCUGCAUCUUUGCAGAAAUGGUGACCAGGAAGGCCCUCUUUCCAGGGGACUCUGAGAUCGAUCAGCUCUUCCGGAUCUUUCGCACUCUGGGCACUCCCACUGAGGCGACCUGGCCUGGAGUAACCCAGCUGCCUGACUACAAGGAGAACUUUCCCCAGUGGGCAAGGAAGGAGAUGAUGGAAAUUGUUCCCAGCUUAGAUCGAGAUGGUAGAGACUUACUGAUGCAAUUGCUCCUGUAUGACCCCAGCAAGCGCAUCUCGGCCAAGACAGCCCUCAGUCACCAGUACUUCUUCCAGAGAAGCCCUCAGAAGCCUGAAGAGCAACAUGGGCGGCAGAAACGCUGCAGAUGAGAAAACACAGUUGGGAUCCCUUCUCCUGAGGAGCCUGGAGGGGACA